GCUUGAGCAGGGGCUGGGGCUGCAGCAGCUCUGCAGGGCCCUUCCAGCCCCCACCAUGCUGGGAUUCUGUGGUCCCAAGCAGCAGCCAUUGCCCUGGGAGCCACACACCAGGCCAGUUGCAUGCCACAACACCUCUGGGGUGCAGGUGGGUUGAUUUCCCCCUGUCAAAAAGUCAGAAAAGGCUCCCUCCCUUGUUCUUUUGUGCCCACCACCACCUGCUCCUUCAGUUUAAGGAGGCUGGAGGUGCUGAGCUGCCUCCACCGACCAAAACCCCCUCGGAGUGGAUUCGCUGCGUCCCAGGGGCUGCAGCAACCCGCUCCCGUGCUGAGGGGGACGUGUCAGGGCUCUGGCCAGUGCCGCGAGAGUUAAUGCUCCCGCAAUGCCGUGACACGUUCCCGCCGCAGGUCAGUGGCCGUCGGGGAUUAGGGAGAUGUGUGCGGGGAGCCGCGGCGGCUGCGGUGCCGCUUGAAGGUCAGGCACGACGUGCCGGGGGUCCAGCUCAGGGGAUCGCAGCCCAGCUAUAAAUCAGCGCGGAAGGGAUGGUGGGGAGAUGUCUCCGGGCUGCGUGAGCUCUUGCAGCCACCGCAGCAGGCAGCGGGGUGCCGGGCCGGGAUGCUGAGGGGCGAGCGGGGCUGAGGCGGCUGCGGGGCUGAGGCGGCUGCGGGGCUGCCCCUGCCGCGGGCCGGUGCGUGCCGAGAGGUGCGGGGUGAGGGGCUCCCGGGCCCCGCAGCCCCGCGGCGUGGGCUCCGCGUGUGUCCCCGCCGGUGGCCCUGGCUCCGGCUGUUUUCUCAUCCUGCAGGAAUUCAGCUCCGCGGGCCGGGCCGUUGGCUUGGGGGUUUUUUCCCUCCUCUGUGUGUGUGUGUGCGUGUGUGUGUGUGUCCCUUUCACUCUCCGUCUUUGGAGACUCUCUGCAUUCUGCCUUUGAUCUCCCCCUGUGUUUGCCCAGCCGAUCGCCGGGCUCGCCGGGGUUAGAGGCUGAGGUCAGCGCCUUUCCCAUUCCAAACACCCAGAAACAUCAGUGGGAAGGGAGGGGAUUCAGAUUACAACCUUCCCGGUCCUCCCCUUCCACCCCACUCGCGCGGUGCCGGCGGGGAGCCGGGGAUGGACUGAGCCCCUCUCCCACGGGCCGUCCCCGGCGCCCCGCGAGCCAGGGGCCGGCGAUGGAUGGAGGCGACGGGCAGCAUCGCCGGUGGUCCGGCAGGCGCUGGGCGUGCUGAAGGGCAGAGGUUUGGUCCUCUCUUCCUCCUCCUCCUCUUUGUCCCCCCGCCUGCCCGCCUUCUCCCUCAUCCCCUCCAUCCUGGAUGUGAUUGAUCCCGAGCCGUCGCCAGCAGCGCGGGGUGCCCAGAUGCCUCCUCAUGGGAGUUUCGGCAGCCCGGGCCGGGGCCGGGGAGCGGGUGGGCGGCUGCGGCUGCCCCCGGGCAUCGUGCUGCUCCUGCCUUUGCUGGCGGCGGCGGCGGGGCUGAGCCUGCAGCCGGCCAGGACGCGGCACCUGGGGGUCUGCCCCAACCAGCUGAACCCCAACCUCUGGGUGGACGCGCAGAGCACCUGCGAGCGGGAGUGCCAGGCUGACCAGGACUGCGAAGGCUUCGAGAAGUGCUGCACCAACGUGUGCGGGCUGCGGAGCUGCGUGGCCGCUCGCUUCGCCGACGGCAGCGCGCCCGUGCCGGCGCUGGCACCCGCCGCCUCCUGCGAGCGCUUCGUGUGCGCCCAGCAGGGCUCCGACUGCGACAUCUGGGACGGGCAGCCGGUGUGCAAGUGCAAGGACCGCUGCGAGAAGGAGCCCAACUUCACCUGCGCCUCCGACGGCCUCACCUACUACAACAAGUGCUACAUGGACGCCGAGGCGUGCCUGCGCGGCACCCGCCUCACCACCGUGCCCUGCAAGCACAUCUUCACCUGGCCCGACACCAGCCCCGUGCCGCAGGAGACCACGGCUCGGCCCACGCCGGGGGCAGGCCCCGAGGUGCCGGUGCCCCCGGCUCUUUACACCAACCCCUUCCACCAGUCCGUGCGCGCCGGCGGCACCGUCAGCUUCCGAUGCGACGUGAGCGGCCGCCCGCGGCCGGACAUCACCUGGGAGAAGCAGAGCGACAGGGAGGAGAACUUCAUCAUGAGGCCCGACCAGAUGUACGGCAACGUGGUGGUCACCAACAUCGGCCAGCUGGUCAUCUACAACGCCCGCCACGAGGACGCCGGCAUCUACACCUGCACGGCCAGGAACGCCGCCGGGCUGCUCCGCGCCGACUUCCCGCUGUCGGUGCUGCGGAGGGAGCCGGCGGGAGGGACCCCCCGCGCCGGAGCCCCCCAGCCCCUCCCCGGCGCCCCCCAGCCCUUCCCCGGCGCCGAGUGCCUGAAGGAGCCGGACCGGCGGCGCUGCGAGGUGCCCGAGGUGCGCUGGCACUUCGACGCCAAGCAGGGCUCCUGCCUCACCUUCCGCUACGGCGGCUGCGGCGCCAACGGGAACCACUUCGAGACGUACGAGGAGUGCCAAGCCGCCUGCCUGGGCAGCGCCCGCCCCACCUGCCUGCUGCCCAUGGUGCAGGGGCCGUGCCAGAACUGGGAGCCCCGCUGGGCGUACAACCACCUGCUGAAGCAGUGCCACUCCUUCGUCUACGGCGGCUGCGAGGGCAACAGCAACAACUUCGAGAGCAAGGAGAGCUGCGAGGACGUGUGUCCCUUCCCCAAGAGCCUGCAGUGCAAGGGCUGCCGCCUCAAGAGCAAGAUGGUGCUGAGCCUGUGCCGCAGCGACUUCGCCAUCGUGGGCAGGCUGAUGGAGAUCGUGGAGGACCAAGACUCCGGCAUCGCCCGCUUCGCCCUCGAGGACGUCCUCAAGGACGAGAAGAUGGGCCUCAAGUUCUUCAACAUCAAGUACCUGGAGGUGACCUUGACCCACAUGGACUGGAGCUGCCCCUGCCCCAACAUGACGGCGGAGGACGGGCCGCUGAUCAUCAUGGGCGAGGUGCACGACGGCAUGGCCACGCUGGACCCCAGCAGCUACGUCCGGGCAGCCAACGACAAGAGGGUCAAGAAGAUCUAUGAGCUGCUGGAGAAGAAAACCUGCGACCUCCUGAACCGCUUCCAGGACUAGGGGAGAGCUGGGACGUGCUGGUGUGUGU